AUGCUGCACUCCCUUGUCUGUGGGAAAGAGUGUUUGAUAUGCAGGUCACCAAUCAAUGUUGGAGGAGGUGUUUACUUGGAAAACUCUCCUUUAUCCAGUUACAUGAAUGAACAGAGUCGUGCAGUUGUUCACCAGAUGAUAAGAGAGUAUCAAGUUUCUCAAGACUCGCCUAGAGUUUAUCUCUUUCGCACUGAUCGUUUUGCUAAUUGUUUGCAUUAUGUGUUUGUUGGUAGCAGAAAUAUGCCUUCUCAGAAGGUUGAAACGGGUCACCAAGACACGGUCCACGAUGUUGUGAUGGAUUACUACGGUAAGAGACUGGCGACAGCUUCAUCAGAUCACACAAUUAAGAUAAUUGGAGUUAACAACACGGCCUCUCAGCAUCUAGCAACAUUGACUGGUCACCAAGGACCUGUUUGGCAAGUAGCGUGGGCUCACCCGAAGUUUGGUUCGCUACUUGCAUCGUGUUCCUAUGAUGGUCGUGUUAUUGUUUGGAAGGAGGGUAACCAAAAUGAAUGGAUUCAAGCUCAUGUGUUUGAUGAGCACAAAUCAUCUGUGAAUUCUAUUGCUUGGGCGCCGCACGAGUUGGGUCUCAGCUUGGCUUGUGGCUCAUCUGAUGGGAAUAUAUCUAUUUUGACUGCAAGAGCAGAUGGUGGCUGGGACACUACAGGUAUCGAUCAGGCUCACCCAGUUGGUGUCACUUCUGUGUCAUGGGCACCAUCAAUGGCCCCUGGUGCUCUUGUUGGUGCUGGGUUGCUUGAUCCUGUGCAGAAGUUAUGCUCUGGUGGCUGUGAUAAAACUGUUAAGGUAUGGAAGCUCAACAAUGGACUCUGGAAGAUGGACUGCUUCCCUGCUCUUCAUAAGCACACGGAUUGGGUUCGAGACGUUGCUUGGGCACCCAAUCUAGGGCUACCUAAAUCUACUAUUAGUAGUGCAUCGCAGGAUGGUAAAGUGAUUAUAUGGACCAUGGCAAAAGAGGGUGAUCAGUGGGAAGGAAAGGUUUUGAAUGAUUUCAAGACACCUGUUUGGAGGGUAUCAUGGUCACUGACAGGAAACAUACUGGCUGUGGCUGAUGGGAACAACAAUGUAACAUUGUGGAAGGAAGCAGUAGACGGGGAAUGGCAACAGGUGACAACAGUGGAGCCUUAG